AUGGAGAAGCCAGUGCAGGAACCAGUAAAAGCGCCAUCGCCUGUCGUGUGGCUCAGUAUAAGUCUCGAGAUCGGCUUGGAGAGACUGAUGUCACAAAGCUGGCCUUCAGCGUGGUUGCUGACGGCGUGCUAUCCAGUGAAGAUAUCUGUGGAGGCGUCAUUGGAGUCUGGCGGUAAGAGACCAGUGCCGUUUGUGGUCGUCUGUGGCAUUGACGACGAUGACGAUGAAGAAGACAAUGAGUUCAAGAGCGUGAAGCUAAAUCAACGCAACACUGCAGUAGAGACCUCCAGGGUCGGUAAUUUCCCUACCGACUAUCAUUCCCGGUCUUGUCGGGCGGCGAGGAGCUUACCCUUUGUGCACCGCGCCUUCCGCGUCUUGUCGUUAUCCUCCCGAAACGCAACUGGACCAAUCGACAGGAUGCACGGAAAAUUGAAUGUGAGCUGA